AUGGCGUCGCUGCAAGCUGCCUCACUAGGAAGCUUUCCUUCGUUUUCUUCUAGAGACGAGAGAUCAGGUCCACGGUCUUCCUCUGUGUGUCAGCACUCCAACUCUGUUUCUCCCCCCUCUCCAGCUUUUCUUCAGGACCAAGAACAUAAAUGGAGGCGGCACUAUGCGUCGCUGACUCUCUGCCUGCAAAGAAUGCAAGACGGCGACGCAGCUGCAGAGGACGUGGAAGCCGGGACAGACGCGUGUGAAGGCGCUGACAUUAGUCUGCAACAGUUGGAAGCAGAGGCACGGAUGUCUUCAAAUUCUCAGGCUCUUCUCCAAGUGGUUCGGAGAUAUCAGUCAGAUUUUGAACAGGCACGCUCUACGUUCACUCGCCUUGUGCAACAGUGGCAGCGGCAGCAGCUCCUUCAAGGUUCUGGCCCCCGAAGAGCUCAGGGUAUCCACCGGACAAGGGUCCAAAAUUCCGCAGAGUCCCCGUUUUCUUCUUCUUCGACAGCAACCAGCAGCAAUCACAGCUUAGACACUGCUAAAGCGGACGAGACGGCGCUCGCUGUUCAUUACGCCGGAGGGACGCUUCUCGGAGAAAGCAACAGGCUAGCUGUGGAGUCGGAGCACGUUGGCCUCGCCGUUAUGGGGCAACUACGGACGCAGAGGGAAUCUCUUAUCACUUCCCGGUCGUUGGCGCAAAAGACCUACGGAGAACUUCAGGAUUCUCGCUCUCUUUUGACAGCCAUGUUAAGGCGGACUCUCUUCAAUAAAAUGGUUCUUGUCGCGAUUAUCGUCUUCCUCUCUCUUGCCAUCAUCUGCGUGUUGUUCCAGCGACUCCUGCGUCUUGUACGGGUUCUAUGA